AUGAAACUCACCUGCGACCCAGUCCGCGCUAAAACUCUCAUCUCAGCCUUUCAAUCCGUCUCUGAGCGCGUCAGCAAUGCCGCCGGAACAAGAAAUGUAAGAUUAGUAGCAGUAUCUAAGCUCAAGCCAGCAACCGAUAUCCUAGCCCUUCAUGAGCAGGCAAAUGUAGAGCAUUUCGGAGAGAAUUAUGCGCAGGAGUUGAUGGAGAAAGCGGAGAUUUUACCGAGGAACAUCAAGUGGCAUUUUAUUGGGGGAUUACAGAGUAAUAAAUGCAAACCCCUCGCCUCCACAAUCUCCAACCUCUACCUCGUCUCCUCCGUCGACUCCCAAAAGAAAGCCUCCCAACUAUCCAUCGGACGUUCUCUCCUUCCCGUUCCCGCUGAUUCAUCCUCGCACCCUUCCCCACUAAACAUUCACAUUCAAGUCAACACGUCUGGCGAAUCCUCCAAAUCUGGCGUUACGCCCGGAAAAGAGACAACUGAAUUGUGUAAAUACGUUAUUGAAGAAUGUCCAUUUCUGAAACUAGUGGGUUUAAUGACUAUUGGUGCGAUAGCUAGAAGUCAGAUGAAGGAAGGAGAAGAAAAUGAAGAUUUCAUAGUUUUGCGUGAGGAGAGAGAUAGAGUGGAGAAGGAGUUGGGGUUAGAGGGAUUGGAAUUGAGUAUGGGUAUGAGUGAGGAUUUUGAAGAGGCAAUUCGACAAGGCAGUGGAGAAGUCAGGGUCGGCAGUACGAUAUUUGGACAAAGACCUGCAAAGCAAGAUUUCAAGGUUUUAGCUGAAGCUGAAGACGAGAAAUUCUAG